AUGCUUGCCGAUAGGAGAAGUAAAGAGUAUGAAAUGGGAGUUGAAGAAUUUCUAAGGAUAGCAUUAGCAAAUGCUAUUGAUCAUGGACACAUUCGUUGUCCAUGCCAGAAAUGUGGGAAUACAAGAAAGUUUACGAUUAGAGUAAUAAGGGAGCAUAUGUAUUUUAAUGGUUUUGACCAAACAUACAAGGUUUGGAUAUGGCAUGCCAAGCCUAUUGAAAUAAAUGCUAGUGAAAUUGUAAAUCAAGAACCACAACCGGAACGUGAUUUUUUUGGUGAAACGGUUGACAUGUGCGAAGGUGCACAUGAACACUUCACUAAAAAUCCAGAAGAUUUUAAGAAGUUUAUGGAGGAAGCCGAGAAGCCUCUUUAUCUUGGGUGUCAAAAGCACACCAAGUUAUCAGGAUUGGUUAAGUUGUACAAUCUUAAAGCAAGGCAUGGCAUGACCGACAAUUGUUUCGCGGAUAUGCUAAUCGAAGUUGGUGAUUUGCUCCCGAUUGGUCAAGAGCUAUCCUUGUCUAUGUAUGAGGCAAAGAAGACAUUGAAUGCAUUGGGAUUGAAAUAA